AUGUCACAAAAUCAAGAUACAUCUGCUUCUAAAAAUCCUAAGUCUACUCCAAAGGUUAGUGCUCCUCCCAUGGGCAUUCCUGAUGAUGAGAUUUUGGAUUUUGUUCCUCUCUCAGUUAUUCCCUGCGAGGCCAUAGAUUUGAACCAACCCAUUGAUGCCUCAGCUUCUGCAUGCUUCAAUCAAGGUAACUCCUCUAGUAUUCCGUAUGAUUCAACUCCUGCCACUAAUUCUAAGGAAGAUAUACACCACACUGAUCGUGUUAUAAGAGACCUAGUCACUAGAAUCCUUAAUGAAGGACACUCUGUGAAGGGAGUUUCUACUCCCCUUUCUCAAAUGUACCCGUCUCCUGAGGUUGAACAACAUAGUGGUAAGGAUGACGAUUCCUCCAGUUCUAAGAAGGACUUGGCUGCUGAAGGGUUGUGCUCUCUAGAGCAAACAGUGUCUGAAAAAGGAAAAUUUGUGGCAUCUAAAACUGCCAAUGCAUCCCACUCUGAAAAGCAUGAUGGUGUAAAUGUUGCGAUUGAUCUAGAGGAUGGUAGCUCUGAUGAUCAAGAGGAAAGCUUACUUCAUCACCUAAAGCCAAGUGUGGCUAAACGCAUGAAGACUCGCAAAGGAAGAUUUGUGGCUGAACUUAUGUUAGCUAGAAAAGCUAAGAAGACUGCUGAUGUCCCUGACAUCUCUCCUGUGAAGAAAACCACUGUUAGGAAGUCUCCUGGUAAAGUAUCUGCUGUUCAUUUGGAUAACAUCUCCUUCCAUCUUGAGGAUGGAGCUGCGAAGUGGAAAUUUGUGAUUCAGAGAAGGGUAGCUGUGGAAAGGGAGUUGGGAAAAGAAGGUGUUGAUGUCAAGGAGGUCAGGGACCUGAUAAAAGUUGUUGGGAUACUAAAGACUGUUGUUGAGUUCUCUCAAUGCUAUGAAGGUUUAGUGAAGGAGUUUAUUGUUAACAUUCUUGAGGACAUUUCUGAUAAGAGUAGCAAGGAAUUAUGCAAGGUGUAUGUGAGGGGUAAGUGUAUAUCAUUUUCUCCUACUGUUAUUAAUAAUUUUCUAGGCAGAGAUAAUGAGGGUGCAGGAGAACUAGAAGUUAUAGACAAUCAGAUCUGUACGGAGAUCACAACUAGGCAGGUGAGCGUUUGGUCUGUUAAAAAGCAUCUUCUUAUUGGGAAGUUGACUGUCAAGUAUGCUAUCUUGCACAAAAUAGGAGCUCCUAAUUGGGUCCCUACCAACCAUAUCUCCACCAUUGCUAAUACCCUUGGAAGGUUUAUUUUUGUUGUUGGAACAGAAGUGAAAUUUGACUAUGGUAGAUUUAUGUUUGAACAAAUCAUCAAGCAUGCAUCUACUAAUGCAGUUAAGUUGCCAAUUGCCUUUCCUUCUAUGAUCUGUGGAAUUAUCUUGAAUCAACACCCUGGUAUUCUUUUCUCUAAUGACUUACCUAGUAAAAGAAAACCUGCUCUGUCUGUGCACUAUAAACUGUUUGAAGGCAGUCAUGUCGAGGAUAUUGUCAUGACAUCUGCCAUGAAAAGGCCAGCCUCAAAAGUUGGAACAAUUGUUGAGCUUAAGGAGACUUGCAAAGAGCUGGGUGAAGGGAUAAGGGUAGCAACAUCUAGAAAACAAUCGUUGGAAGCCUUAUUGCAAGGUUGGAGCAGGCUGAAGGUGAAAAUAUUGAACAUGCUAAAGAAGCUGAAGCCCACACCUCUAGUGAGAGGUCUGCAAACAAUAAUGAGACAAGUGGCAAUUCUAUUUCUGCUUGCUUACAGUUGGUUAUGUACUUGGUUUUGUAACCCUCUAACUUUUGAUAUUUCGGUUAAUGACUAA